AACUCCGCCCACUUCGGCUUUAGCCUUAGGGAUGCCCGGGGAUGCUCGGAAGCGCGUGUUCCGUUCCCGGUGAGGCGGGAAUCUAGCGAUUUGUUUAACUGAUUCAUGGAUGCAAAGAAUGAAAAUGUUUUCAUCAUGAAGAAAGUUCCUAUUUAAUUUGCCUACAUUCUGAUCAAGACUUUGAAGUGUAACUUGAAGAACUCAACAUGGAAUUUAAGUAUUAGUCGCCUCUGAUAGUUCCUUUUAUCAUGAUUUCCAGUCUGAAAAUUAACCAGUCUAAGUUUAUCAAAAGACAUUGGAUCCAAAGUAGGAUAAAUGAGAGAGAAAUGUUGUUUAAUGACUGCCAAUGCCUUGGAGGAGGGAAUAUAGGAGUCAAAGUUGGAUGCUAGUUAUGUUUUCCAAUUAUAGUCAGUGUUUCCUCUGAUAUUCCUGUAAAUCUCAUCCUGAAGAGCUUUACAUACUUAAACAUCUGUUGCAAAAGAUGGAAGAAAGAAAUGGUGAUGCAAAAGCUUUUUGGAGGGAGCUAGAAGAGGAUGGAAAAGUGGACAUGAUAUUUGAACAUGUGCAGAAUGUACUAUUGUCACUCAAACAAAAGAUCAAAGAUGGCUCAGCAACAAAUCAAGAAUAUAUCCAAGCCAUGACCCUGGUGAAUGAAGCAGUUACAAGUAACACUUUACUAUUGAUAAAGGAUGAUGAUAUAACUGACAGAGAAAGUGAGCAAGAAAGGAAGUCAAGUGUUUUACCUCCAGUGUCUCACGAAGGCUCCAAUUUGGAAGACUCCUUGAUUUUAACCGUAGAGGAUAUAGCAGUUCUAACUUUGGAAAAUGAAGUUUCAGAUUAUGAAGAGAAAAUACUAUCUUUGCGUCUGUCUUAUCAGAAUCAUAUCUGCUGUGAUACAUGUCUGUCGAACAUACCUCUCACCUCCAAAGUGGAAAACCCACUUAUGAUCCCCAUCUUGAGUAGUUUCCAAAGGCGACAUGCAAAGACAAACUCUAAUUGUGCUGCAUUCCAUGUGAAUUAUAAAACCCCUUGUGGAAGGAGUUUGAGGAACUUUAAGGAAGUCCACCGUUACCUGCUUGAGACAGAGUGUAGCUUUUUAUUUUUACAUCAUUUUUCUUUCAAUACCUAUGUGCAGUUGAACAGGAAUAUGCGGAAGAAAGAAGUUUUUGUUUCUGACUCUGAUAUUAGCCACGGAACCGAAUCUGUGCCUGUUACUUUCUGUAACGAAAUCGAUAACAGAAGACUGCCACACUUCAAGUACCGGAGGCGGACGUGGCCACGUGCUUACUACCUCAACAAUUUCUCUGGCAUGUUUAGUAAUUCAUGUGACUGCUCAAAAGGCUGCAUGGAUAUAGAAAAAUGUGCAUGCCUGCAGCUGACAGCAAAGGGCUAUGAUGAGAGUUCUGCAUGGUCAAGUGUCAAACCCACUUAUGGCUAUAGCUAUAAAAGACUGCAGCAGCCAGUACCCAACGGAAUUUUUGAAUGCAGCCUCUUGUGCAAAUGUGAUCCGAGAACAUGUCAGAACAGAGUUGUCCAGCAGGGUCUCCAGGUGCGCCUUCAGGUAUUCAAAACUGAGAAGAAAGGUUGGGGAGUCCGCUGCCUUGAUGACAUUGACAAAGGGACAUUUGUUUGCACUUACUCAGGGAGAUUACUAAGCAGAGCUGGCCUGGAAGAAAUUGGCUCUGUUGGUGGAAAAGAGGAAGAAGAGGAGGAGGACGCUGCUGCCAACGACAGCGGAUCCCCAGCACUUUCUAAAAAGAGGAAAACGGAAAUUCUUUAUUCUGAUCCUGAAAUUGAGUUUGUCCAGAUUGAAGUAGGAGCAAUUCCUGGAGACACAGAGACUGAGGAGUACUUGAUUCAGCUCAGCAGUGAUGCAAAUCCAUCUAUUCAGGGUGAGAAGUAUGAAUAUGAUCUAAGAAUUGAAAAUCAACCAGCCACUAGAAGACCUAAAACUAAAACAGCCCUUCUUCAAAACUUUCGGGAAAAAAGGGGAAUUGUUACCCUGGAGUGUGGUAUAAGCUCAGAAGAGGAGGAUGAAACUCAGUCACCGGAAGUCCAACCAACCCCCAAUACCAACGAAAAGAAAAGGGAGUCAAGCUGCCCUGGUGAAAAUUCCAAAGAGAAGCUGCUGACCAACUGUAUCGUGCUGGAUAACCAUCAUGGUAAAGAAGAAAGUCUAGUAGAAAACAUGUGUGAUCAGGCGGCCUCAGUGUGUGAUAUGAGUGGGAGAAAGGAAUGUGAGGUUCAGGAGCAAGGCUCCCAAGAGGAAAGAAUGCUGGAGAAGCAAAAUCAAGAAAUCCUUUGUGAUGAAGAGUCACUGUCUGAAACCCACAUCGAUGUUUCUGAGUCGAUGAAGAAUCUUCACCAAGAUGGCAUUUACCUGUUGGAUGCUACUAAAGAAGGAAACGUGGGUCGCUUCCUGAAUGUAAGCUGUGUACCAUAUUUCUUCGUGCAGAAUGUUUUUGUGGAGACACAUGACAGAAAUUUUCCAUGGGUGGCAUUCUUUACAAAAAGGCAUGUGAAGGCAGGAACAGAACUCACUUGGGAUUAUGGUUAUGAAGCUGGAAGUAUACCUGAGAAAGAGAUUCCUUGUCAAUGUGGCUUUCACACUUGUAGAAAAAGAAUAUUAGAUGAACAUGGAGUCGCUUCCCCCCAAACACUGCCCCCAGAGGUCCGGUUUGGGCUGGGGAGAUUAUCACUCCAAGCACACCAGUUCACCAAGAGGAAGCAAAGGACCGUGAGUUUGAAUCAAGGAGAGGCGUUUGAACCAGAAGCCCCAGCUCCUCCCAAGUACAGUGUGCUUCCACUGCACCACACUGCCCUUACGGCAGGAAUGAAAAAUGAUACUGGUGCGGAUGUUUUAUUAAAGGACUGGUUCCGGCGGAGUGGAAAGUCUCGCAGGCAGAAAACCGACAUCCCACCAGGAGGCCAAGGGCUGCCGGGGCUGGCUUACGGGAGAGGAGGGGCUUGGAGAGCCUCGGGACGCCCCACCAGGUCCUGCUUUGACCCAAAGCCCUCCCCGCCCUGCCAUCUCUCCCAGGGCCAGACGAGCCCAGGCUGCUGGUCAAUCAUGGACGAGGCCGUAAGAGACCCCGCGGGUAUCUUCCAAGAAAGGAUGGUAAAAAUAACUUGUGAUCUGUGUCCUCAAGAUGAUGAACGUGGUAUACUAUAUGUCUCACAAGAUUUGGAAUUAGUAGCACACCAAAAUUGUUUGUUAUAUUCUUCAGGACUUGUGGAAUCUGAGGAGGAUCAUCCUUGCUUAAAUGAUCAGGACAGACAUUUUGAUGUGGAGCUAGUGAAAGAGGAAAUCAAUCGAGGAAAGAGAUUGAAAUGCUCAUAUUGUCUUAAGAAAGGAGCUACUGUGGGAUGUGACAUUAAAAAAUGUUCCAAGAAUUACCAUUUCUUCUGUGCCAGACAAGACCAAGCAAAAAUACAAGCUGAUGAACAUGGUGGAACUUACAGAGUGUUCUGCCAAAAACACACCGUUGGAAAAAACAGCCGUGUUUCCCCAACAAAAGUUGAUAUACUGAAGAAAAUGAAAAAUGCUGGGCUCAUCGAAAGUUUAUUUGAAUCUCUAUUAGAGGAUCUUGAUGGGAUUCAUUUCAAGAUUAAGGACAACACCACCUCAGAAAAAGAAUUACAAGAAAUUGCAACCUUACUUUUUGACUGUGCCAUAUUUAGAAAAUCACUGAGGAAAAUAUCUGCAGACACUGUGAUAUCAAAACUUCAGAGUGAGCAGGAACACCUGCAGAAGAAGAUAGAAGUACUCCAAGACAUUGGAGAAAACAUGUUUCCUCUUCAGAAAGAUAUAUAGCAUUAAAUACUCAGCUGGUUCUUGACCUUUCUUUUUAACCUACUGUUUCUUAAACUGGGGACUUGUGGGGAAUUUUUUAAAAAUGUUUUAUCAUUGUACUUUUCUCAUACUGUGACCUUCCAAUGAUUUUUUCCUCCAUUUCCAAGUAGAAUCCUCCCUUGCAACUUUUCCCCAAUUGAUUGUGAACUCAUUGAAGGCAGGGAUUGUCUUCUGCCUCUUUUUGUAUCCUCAACACUUUUAGCAUAAUGCCAGGCACAUUGUAGGUGCAUAAUGUUUAUUGAUUGAUUGGUAACAAAUAACUAGACAAGCCAACACAUUUUACAUGGAUUUAUGUGAACGUCAUAACCUUUAUUAUGAAAUAAUCAGAUUGAUUCUGUGACUUUUUAAAAAUUGGUGCUUUGUUAUUGUUCAGUCGCUUCAGUUGUGGCGGACCCCAUUUGGGGUUUUCUUG